UAUGACGUAUGCAUUGUGUGCAAGUUAACUGGAAUAGCACCCGGAAGUUGCUUUAGAGUUAACAAUUCGUUUCGGAACAAUAUUUUUUUACAACUGCAACGUGACCUCGUGAAAUAAUUACCUCACGAUGAAUUAUAAUGAUUUAACGGUGCAGCUUCACCUACCGGGUGACGCAAAGAGAGAUUCUGGUAAAGUAUUUUUAAGUUCCGGAACUAAAUCUGUCGCAGCUGCAGACAGUAAAACUAGCAGCAGCAGCUCGAGUCAGGCUGGCAACGACAACUCCCAUACUUUCGAGCCACCUGUUUCGGCGUCGGAAAAUCCAACAACAGCUUCCCUCGGACAACUCGGACAGGAUACUGAUGAUAGUGGAUGCUUUGAACUAAUGGCAGCCGAAUUGCCUGAGAAAGGAGAUAAAGAUGAGGAAAGUAAGAUCGAUCUCCUCAUGCCAGCCACUGGUAUCGGAUGGAGGACAACUAACAUUCUUUCUCAGUACCUCCGUCCUCCUAGACCCGGAUCGUCUGAUUGGAGAGAUUUGGCUGAAGAAAUGGGAUUCAGUUAUCAACUUCAUAUCCAAAACUUUGCUAUGGAAACAGAUCCAGUGGCAAAAGUUUUAUCUGCAUGGUGUACUAAACCUGGAAGUAAUGUUGGAAAGCUACUUGAUAUCUUAGAAAAAAUUGAAAGACAUGAUGUCUUAGAUGCACUGCCUACAUUUCUUGAGGAAGACUGUAAGCGAUGGAGACGAACUCAAGCUGAAGCUAAAGAUCCUAUUCAAGUACCAGAGGUGACUGGCAAUUUUGCAACAUCUACAUCAGAAGAUCUAAGAGGAAUCACACUCAAUGAUUCACCAUCUGGGCCUCCAGAGAUGUUUGAUGCUUACAUUUGUUUUGCCAUGGCCGAUCUAGAGUUUGUUCAAGAGCUCAGGAGACAAAUGGAAUCUGAACCUCAUAACUUCAAACUCUGCAUUGAUCAGAGAGAUCUACUGCCGGGAGGUUCGCAUGCUCUCGUCACUGCAGAAAUAAUCAAGAACAGGUGUAAUAAAAUGCUGGUAGUAUUAUCUCCAGAGUUCCUGCAGAGUUCAAGCUGUGACUUCCAAACCAAGUUUGCUGUUUCAUUAGAACCAGGUGCAAGGAGAAGACGUAUAAUCCCGAUCCUCAUCAAACCUUGUGAACCCCCUCUCAUCAUACGACACAUCACAACAUGUGACUUCACCAAACAAGACCUUAGACCUUGGCUCUGGGAUCGUCUUCGUAAAGCCAUGUCCAUCCGCUAAAGAGACCAUCAUGAUACAGAGAGAAGUUCAUUAAAGUUCAUUAUCUAAUUCAGUUAAAGAAAAAAUGUGCAUGUUGAAAAAUUGAGUCUAGUAUUUUGAUAGACUUUUCAGUAAUUUUAUACCAGUAUACAAAUAGUGAACCGAUGUAUGUAUGAUGGUGCAAGAUUUUACACUGAUCAUGAGAAAGAUAAGCUAUAUAACGAGGCAAAGUCAAAUUGAGCACAACAUCUCUGUUUUAAUUGAUUACAUCAUCAUAUCAUUGCAUUCAUAAGAAUGAUCGCAUUUCAUAUUGCGUAACACCUUAGAAGUAUAUAGGACAAGUAUGAAAAUUUCAUGAUUUCUUUGAAUACAAAUACAAUUUAAAAAUUGGUUAUUUGAAUAACAUAUAAUGCUGAGCAUGAAUAGCUUGUGUACAGUGCGUGCUGCUGUGUACACAAGCUAUUUGUGAUGCUACAAAAGAAACAUACAAAGUACUUGAUGAUAAGAUAAAAAAAAUGAAUUGAUUUGAAAUGUUCUUGGAUAGGAUCCAACCUUGAAUCAUCAAUUUGUCUUCCAUAACCGUGCAAUGGUGUAAUUUUGAUUGUACAUACAUUAGACAGUACAAAUAUUGCAUGUUUAGUUCCCAUAUGCUUGCACACAACAAGCUUGAUAGACUGGAAUGAUAAGAUAUUGUGUUUGUUAGGGAAGUACUGUAGAAUGAAUGUAAAGAUGUUUCUAGCUUACACCCAGUAAUGGAUUAGUAGGCAUUGAGAAUAAAUUGUAUUUUUCAUGGUCAGCUGAUGAAAUAAAUCUGAUGACCUUUAGGAUGAGAAAGAAUUAAUCCAGUGUUUGUUUAUGAUGUACUUGUAUACAAUCUACUUUGUCCGUCUCAAAAUGUUAGUAUGAAAUCAUUUGUCAUUAUUCUAUAUUCAGAAAUUUAAAAACAAUAGAAAUAAAAAAGAGUUCUUAAAUUUCCUUUGCUUUCUUUUUUUAGAAUGAUAAUUUUAACAAAUACAUAUUCAUACUAAUGGUAUGUUUAUUAUAGACGUACACCUUGGAAAUUUGUCAAUUUUUUUUUAUGUUUUGCAAUAGUAUAAUUGUGUCCUGUUACAUAUCAGCUAAAGAAAU